UCAUUUUCACAUUUAACUGUGUGCGUCAUAGCCAGUGUGAAAUGUCUCAGUUGUUCGCAAGCAUAGUUAAUUCUCUUGCUCAUUUAUUAUUUAUAUACCCGACUAGAACGAGUAUUCGGAUAAGGCCUACCACAUUAAUAAUUCACAUGCAAUCGGCUAACUCUCAAAUUAUUUUCACUUAUUCUGGUGAUUACAAAUGGAGGCUUACAAAUAAUUUAUUUGUUGACAGUGCGAUGGUAAAUAAUUUAUUAAAACCAGCCCGAGAUCUAUAUAUAUCUUUGUCUGCGAAGUUUUGUCGUCACUUUUCAAGUCUAUACGUUCGAGUAACAUUUUCUCUUAAUAACCAUCGACGGUUCAAGAAGGCGCGUAGGAAUAUGAUAUUUUUAUGUAAAGAAUUAUAUUAAGAUAAUUACAAGUGUGAAUUUGCACAUUAAGCGGAGGAUAGUUCAGAUUCAGUAUAUAUCGUAUGGAAACUAUGAAUUCUAACGCCGUCACUGUGAAAGUUGAGCCUCCAGACGACUUUGGCGCGGGAACUAGUGACAAAGUGUCGUCUGCUACACUUCAAAAUGGAACUGCUGAGAAAAAAGAUUUAUCGUUUGGUAAGACAGGCAAAAUGAAUACUUCAGGAAAUGAUUCGAGGAAUUUCACUUGUCUGUUGUGCGAUAUCGUUUGUGAUAGCCGAGACGACCUCAGGAAACAUUUAAAGAAUGCUCAUGCUUCGAAAAAUUAUUCAACCAUGAAUAGCACUAUGUACUUGAAUAAGAUUUCGUCAGAAGCCACUGCUAGGGCAUUUUCCGGCUAUGUCAAUUAUCGCUACACGUGCCCAAUUUGUGGAGCAAAGUUCAAAAGUUUUCGGACAUACUUGACUCAUAACAUGUCGCAUCGGGGUACCAGUGGACUUCAACCUUUUGACGAGGCUAGAAUGGCCGCCCUUUUCGGAACCGGGAAACAAUAUAUGCAAGAUUACCUCGAGGCAGAGGAAGGGUAUGCGGGGACUUUCUCGUGUAAUGAAUGUAAAACCGUGUUUGUACAAAGAGAUGGGUACGCAAUGCAUAUGAUGAUGCGGGCGAUGAAUGGAACUUGUAGAACGGCUGUUACCAUGUACGAAAAUAGUCCGGUAUCAACCAGCGAGGAAACAUCGCAAAAGCCGGUUUCAAAUGGGACGGAUGUGCAAACUACGCAGUCUGGAGAAAUAGUCCCGACCUCAACGGAGCAGACAAAUCAGCGCUGUCUUGAAGAUGUAACUGCUAAAAUAGAUCAAGAUGAAUAUUUAAAAUCUGUCUUGGACAAAGUGUGCGCCUCUGACGCGCAGAAACUAGAUGCUUCAAAUUAUACAAUUGACGAUAGGAAAAUGUGCUCGUUUUGCAGAGAAACCUUUGUGGACCAAGAUUCAUUAGCCAUGCAUGUGAUGUCAGACCACGCGAAUGAAAUGUCUUCAACAACGUUGAGAAAUAACAAUUCUACAAGAGGUGCAAAUCACGAUGAUUAUCUAGCGUGGAUGGCUGUAGCAACAAAACCAAUGAUGAUGAAUUGUGUAUGUAAGUACUGCAAUGAAACUUUUAUGUCACGCGACAGUUUAGCUUUACACGUGCUUACGCAUGCGCAUCUAGAGGAAAGAAUGGUAGGCCACUCGCGAAAUUCUGCCAAGCGGAAGUCGGAAGGUCUAGAUAAUGGAUUGUCUUUACUACAACCACCAAAACUGCUUAAAUACAAUGAAGAAUUCGAGACUAACGACCACAACGGUUCUACGCCACCAAAAGUAGUGCAAGUAAACGGCAUUGUGGACUCUAACCUAUACUGUGAAGAAUGUGACAUAAAAUUUUACGCUUUGUCCGAAUAUAAAUGGCACAAGGAACGUCACAACAAUGGCGAUAUAACAAACUAUGACCGACCCUUAUGUUUAAGUAAAAAGACUGAAAGGAAAUAUUUACCAAACAAUAUUGAGUCGGCCGGCAUAAGUUUCACAGACAACAAUAAAAGAAGAAGAAAUAGUUUUUCUUCGACGGAUACAUCAAAAGUUUGUACCCAAGCUACCGAUAAACUUCCACAGCGUCCUGUCUCGGUCGGUGACUGCUCCAGACACACAUUGAAAGUACUAAGUAAAUCGCAUAGCGAACAUUUACACACUGGCAAUGGCGAAAACUCUUCGACACUUGACGGGAAAUCCGUACUUAAUACUAUAAAUUCACUUAGCUCAAGCGAACAGCGCAUUAUUUACUCCGUUUUCGGGAAUGAUUUAGGAUUAAAACUCGAAAAUACUGACUAUCUGUCUGAAAACUCAAGGUCAAGGUCGUGUACACCGCCUGUUGAUCUGUCGUCUGCUAAACCGAAAAGUCCGGCAAAAGACGCGCGUUCUCAUAAGACGCAUGGAAGUGAUCCAAAUGUAUCCGAAUUAACCAAAACUGCGGACCCGGAUGAGAAUAUUACUGUUAAACUUGGGGAUCCGAAUAAACCAAUGUGCAAGUACUGUGAAAUAUUAUUCUUUAACAAAGCGAUUUAUUAUCUACACAUGGGACUACAUAAUGUGAAUAAUCCAUGGCAAUGCAACAUAUGUGGUAAAAUAUGCAAUGAUGCAGUAGAUUUUGCCGCUCAUGUGAUCCAUAUGUAAUUUUUUUAAAUUUCUUUUUGGCAAUUCGGGCGAGUAGGCGCCAGUUGGGUGUACUUUGUUAUGAAACUUGUAUUUAACAUCUUAAACAGCAUGGUGCCACCGACUUUAGAUAAACAUAUAAUUUGUGUAAUGUUUCAUUUUCUAAAGUUUUUUAAUCAUGAACAAUUCUAAUUGUGGAAUCAAAGGCUAAUUCUUUUUCCUGAAAAAGACAUACAUGUAUAGAGUAUACUAACUGGCAUCUUGUCGCCCGAUAAUAUCAUAAUUAAACUAAGUUUGUUUUUAUAUCUAAUUGAUCAAUUUUAAACCAUUUCCAGUAUGUUAAAUUUUCCGCAUUUUUAUCGGUAUAUUAGCUGUGUUUUAUUGCAAUAAAAAUGCAGAUAUGCAUUGA